CCAAUGAUGAUCAAUCUCAGGAAAACUGAGCCAGGCACCAGGCCCACAUAACUACCUAACUAACUUGAAAUGUCUUACAGACUCUGUCGGACGCUAAGCUCAAUUCAGGGUCUCAUUAAAUUAAAAUCUCCAAGGCUUAGUAACCACAUCGCGUGUUACGUGAUGUGCCCAAUUUCUGCUUCAUUAUGUUCUUCAACACUUUGAACUCAAUCAACCGUUCUUUACCGGUGGCUUGAUGCCAGUUGCCUAACGGACCUCGCUACCUACCGCCGUAGGUAGAGGCGUGGCAUACCACUCAUUCGCUAUCUCAUUGUCGCUCCUUUCAAUGUUGAUAAGAAUUAAUAAGAAUUAAUCUUCAGUCCCUCCUUUUAUAACUAUGCGCCACAUUUUUGCGCUUGGGCUGUCGCUCUCGACUUUGUCGCGUGUCGCAGCCCAGAAUGACCAAGGCAGCGGCGCCGUUUGGGCCACGCCCCACGAUAGUUACUCCUCUUCCGUCGGCGUUCUCGGCUGUAAAAUUAACACCAACCGCGUCGCUUAUUGGCCAGGCUCUGUCGACUGUGAUAGCAUUUGUGUCUCUUUAAGCUACGAUGGCCGCUCAGUCAAUCUACUUCGAAUAGACCAGUCCCAAGGUGCCCAUGACGUUAGUUAUGACGCCUGGAACUAUCUCUACACGGGCUAUUCAGCUACCGAUAAGCCGGUAGCCGGCGGCGCCGUCGCCAUGAACUACGCAAAUGUGGAUGCUUCGGCUUGUUCAGAUCUGAUCCACACCGACGGAAACAAAUUACCUCUUAGCGCCGCCAACAGCAUGAAUUUUCUUGCUAGCUGCCUUGCCCAGCCAAGCAGUUGGGUCGCUCAGCAUUACACUCUUUAUAAUAUCCUGGAUUCAACUUGUGCUUGGGGUCAUGAUGAUGAAUGCUCUCUUGAUUGGCCAGCUGCGAACCAGGCGACUUGCCCGAGCACUCUCGGAGAUCCGGCCACCUUGACAUCGGCUCCGGUGUACAACAUCAAGUACCCCUCUGGUCAAACCGUAGUGGCGUCUUCGGGGGAAGUUGUUGACCCUCAAAAUAACGGGUCUGAAAAUGCGGCAGCCUCGCCUAGGUUAUCAGGCCUGAUUUUGGCAGUGGCUAUUCUGAACUGGCUGAGUUGUACAAAUGUGCAUUUCUUAUAAUGCCGUGUGAUUGAUGCAGCUUGCUUCUAUAAUAGCGGACCCUGCAUGAUGAUGAACAGAUACCCUCUUGAUUUACAUGUUGUUG